GCCACGCAGCGGUGACUGCCAGUGGAAAAGAAAAAGUCAUUAGUCAUACGAGUUUCUGCAGCGUUCCAACUCUCACCGGGUGGUUUUCCUGCGUCCUCUGGGAUGAGUAUAAAAAAGGCCAGCGACAAGACGGUCGGCAUCUUCCACAAAAAACACUCAAUUGAACGAAAGCUGAACUUUGAUCUGCUGACAACAUGAAAGUACUUUGGUGUCUUCUUGCGCUCUGCUACUGCUUCUCAUUGGCCGGCGGCACCGACAUGACACUGGAGAGGAGAAAACUGGUAGAAGUCUUGCAGCAGCUCGGCGAAGUCCAAGACUCCCUGCAGCACAGAGAGCUGCUGGUGAACACGCCGCCACGGAAUAUCGAGGACUGCUGCUGUCUUUCUGCGCUACGAUGCUUCCGAGCCAACCUGCAGGUACAAUUUAACGUGACGGAACGAAAACAGGAGAAGUUCUACAGGAGCCUCAAGCAUCCCAUCACUGAGCGAGGCCUGGACUUCUGUAGGUCAGGAAAGGCGGUGCCUAACUGCAAAACCUGUGAGUCGCAUCCCAAGGAAAACGCUCAGGAAUUCGUCAACAGACUGAGGUCUCUUAUUCAAAGGGCCAUCAGCAGACUGAGCCAGAACUGAUCAGAAGGGAAAAAAGUUCCAAGAAGAACCCCAGAAGACACUAUACUGAGGCGCCACCCAAGCAUUCUAAUUUAUUUAUUUAUUACAUACGGUUUCUGAGAAAAAGCUGCUCUGCCGCCCCCUGCUGGUGGGUGUAGCAUUUUGGUUUUCUUAAUAAGUUA